UAACCCUUGGAGUACCGGCCUCUUUUAACCGUGAUUUUGAUGACAUGUGUUCUUUUUUAAUAAUCCUUUUACUUUUCAGCCAAUAUUUUCGUAAGAUCUGACCUUUUCUUGUUUUAUUCUAUAGAAAAAAAUGAGAACGAUGUUCCUUAUUUAGAACAAUUAAUACAAAAGACACGUUUGACAGAAUGAUCACUACAAACGAACGAAGAACAACUGAAACAUUGAAUUGAUGUUUUCUUGUCCGUAGAACGUUCACAAAUGGAGCACCUUUUUCGUUUUGGUUGAGUGGGAUUUUCAUUCGCUUCUGCCGGAUCGUUCUUCGACACAGGAUAACCGACGAUUGCUAAAGCAUUUAGAAUAUCUGUGUUCAAAAAUUUCGAGUUCUUCGAACGAAAAUCCAACAGAUGCGAUACCAGUGCUAAUCCUAAUUCUUCCAAAAAUAAUCGACGUUUAUGAUUUGUAUUCUGCUUCCAUUGAGGAUUUUUCACUUUCCAGACAAUCAGAGCAUUUAUGGCAGCAAUGUCUAUCAUCCCAUAGAAAAUACAAACUGGCCAUCGCUUUGUACCUCGUUUUACCUGAAAAGUAAAAUAAGCUAUAGAAAUACUGAAAUAUUUUUUACCGUGUAUUUAUGACACAUUUGAUCAACAGUAUCGACAGCCCCCUUUGUUUUGUUAUAAUCCAAUAUAAUGAUCGGUUUUCCAGUUUUAUUGUCCACUUGAUUGUCGUGAUGUUUUGAGGAGAGCAAUAAAACAGCUUUAUUCUGUUUUGGGACAAAUGAAACUAAGGUUAAACCAUCUUGGAAACCAAAGAGCGAAGAACCCACUUCACGAUUUUCGUUGGAUUGAAACUCGAUAGGUAUUUCUGACUUGUUUUUUCGCAGUGUUCCUAUAAGAGUCAGAUUCUUUGUUUGAAGCGUUUGGGCUAAUGGAACACUUGUGAAGAAAUUAUCUAUUGUAACGUUUCUUUGGAAGCCGUAAAGUGGUUUGAGUAAUUCUAGAACGACUUUGGCACCUAUCUGUGUUUGUCUUUGCUCAUUCGGUUGUCGUCCAACGUAAGGAAAUGCAUUGAAUACAUAAUGUGAGUCCACAUCAACGCAUAGCCAAAAUUUUAAUCCGUAUUUGUCAGGCUUUUUUGGCAUAUAUUGACGGAAGGAACAUUUUCCUCUAAAUCCUAGUAGUUGUUCAUCAAUAGUAACAUUUGAUCCCGGUGUGUAACAUGUUUGUAAGCAAUUUUGGAAAUAUGACCAGAUUUCACGAAUUGCUGCAAAUUUAUCUGUUCGUUUUCUUUCUUCCCUUGUUCUUUUGUCGUCAAAUCUCAAACAAGAAAUAAUAUCCUGAAAACGAGUUCUUGACAUAGUGGCUUUGAAUAUUGGCGGUUCUAAUGGACUUCUUCUCCAUAAGCAUUUCAGAUCGAUCUUCGAUUUCCCCAAUAAACCAGCAAGCAAUAAAAGUCCAAUAAAUGCUUUCAAUUCUAUGAGUGUUAUUUCUUCAAUUUUUUUCGUGGAGGUAUUCUUGUGAGUAUACUCCAAGUUUGAAUAAUCCAAGAUUUUUUCCAGAAGUUUGUUUGGCAUAAAACACAUGAAUGCAUCUUCGACAGAUGAAAUAUUUUCACUGGUAUUUGUAAGACCAGCUUUUUGAAUAACAUCAUUCGAAAAAUCAUUUUUCGUUGAAUGAUGAGGAGUUGAGGACCAAAUCAUUCCAGAACGGGAAGUAUACGAACUUUUCCAUGUGGAGUCAUCGUCUAAUUUUAGGUUUUCUAAAUCAAUUUCAUCAUCAUCGUCGGAUGUUUGGCUUUCGCCAUCUCCCGUUUCCGAACCGCUGUUUGCAUCAUCGAAAUAAUCACUGUCGCUUCCGGUUUCACUUGAACUGUCCAUAAUCUUUAUGAAAAAUAUUUCAAUGGAUUGAAAAUGCACACCCCUUUAGAUCAGAGAAUGACUCAUUUUAUUAGACAUUAGAAUUUUCAUUGUUUCUCCGUUUUGUAAAAAACAUAUUACUGAUACAAUGUUUUACUAAGGGGGCGCACUAAUAUGGAGAAAGAAUGUAUUUCGUUCUAGAUUCAUUAUCAUAUAUCUCUUCGUAAAGGUUACUAGCUGCUGCUGAAAACUGCGAAACAACAAAACAUGUUUAGCAUUUUUCGGAGAUUUCGAGCGUGGGGUCAAAAAUGACCCCGGCUGGUACUCCAAGGGUUAAAUUAACAUCAUCAUCAAAUUCACCUGAUUAUGUUGCUUUUCGAACAAUUGGAUUUACAGAAGAAUUUCAAUCAGAUUGAAUUAUAUUAUUAGAAAUAUCACUUCUUCCACAUAUUCAUCAAUCAGUUAUUAAUAUAAAACAAAUGUUAAAUCAAUUUAAAUAUUGAACAAGUCAAUGUAAUCAAAUAAUUCAAAAAUUAACAUUAGCUGAUCUUGAUCGUAUUCUUUAUGAUGGAAAAGGUUUUUAUGUUUAUUUAAUACUUGAUUAUGGAAAAUUUUUUUAUUGUGGUAAUCAUGAACAAAUAUCAAUUUUAGAUAAAAUUCGUUUAUUUAAUCAACUUAAACAUACAUUUUAUAAUAAUUUAAAACAAGGAAAUUGUUAUGAAUUAAUGAGUCCAUUUAUAAAUCAAUCAUCAAAUUUUCUUCGUCAACUUUCACAAUCGACUAUUCAAUUAAUAAGUUAUGUACGUAAUGCAUGUUUACCAUUAUUAUCACCUAAUUUACGUGAACCUCGUCCAUUAGAAGGAAAAGAUGAACAAACAUUUGAACUUAUUCAAUUAUGUCCAUCAUUAGCUGUAGGUUUUCCAUAUUUUGCUGCUGGAAUAUGGAGAAAUUGGGGUAGAGAUACAUUUAUAUCAUUACGUGGUCUUAUUUUAUUAACUGGUAGAUAUGAAGAAGCUCGUUAUUUAAUAUUAUCAUAUGGUGGAUGUCUUCGUCAUGGUUUAAUUCCAAAUUUAUUAGCUAAUGUACCUAAUGGUUAUGAAAUACUUUCCGAUAAAGUAUCACGUUUAUAUCCAACAGAUGAUAGUACAGCACAAAUACCUGGUACACAUGAUCAAUUAUUAUAUGAUGUUAUUCAUGAAGGUUUUUUUUUACGUCAUAUUCAAUUAUUAAGUUUUCGAGAACGUGAUGCUGGACAUUCUUUAGAUUUUGUUAUGACUGAUCAAGGUUUUAAUAAUCAAAUUAAUGUUGAUACUAAAACUGGUUUUAUUUAUGGUGGAAAUCGUUGGAAUUAUCGAACUUGA